AUGCCUCUGGCAACUGUAGAGGCAUGCCUCUACAGUUCAGCUUCACUUUUAAGCAAUUCGUCUCUGAAGACAGUUAAUGUAUUGAGGCUUCUAACUUCGAUUGAAUUGUUUGAAAAAGUUUGCUACUAUGCGAGUGUUCUAGUAGCCUGUGUUUCUUUUGAAUGUUCAGAUCAAUUUAAAUUAAUUAACAGUGAAUCUACUUCUGAAAUUAUAAUAAUGGAAGCAUUGAUCAACUGCCGAGCUAACAAAUCAUUUAAAUUUGAAUGGCUCAGCCAGUUUUCUUGGUUAGCUUAUUCUAGCAAAGAAGAUGGAGCUUACUGUCUUCCUUGUACUUUGCUAGGUGCUAGUAUUCCAAAUAAGUCUGGAAUAUUAAAUUUAGUUUUCAAGCCCCAUCAAGAGUGGGGUAAUGCUGUUUGUGAUUAUAGAAAACAUGAGGAAAGUUGUGUUUUACAUGAAAAACCUAUGCUUUUAUUUUCACGUUUUAUGAAAAUAAAACCUAUGCUUUUAUUUUCACGCUUUCACGUUGCAACUCCACAAAUAAUGUUAUUGAGAAACGAUCUAGCAUUUCGUGAUGCUAGCAAAUAUCAUCCUGAUAUUGGGGAAUCUUCUUCACAAAAAGUUGGAAUUAGUAACUUCAUAGAGCUUUUAAAUUUUUGUGUUGAUGCUGGUGAUCAAGUAUUAGCUAAUCAUCUUUCUUCAAGUCCAAAAAAUGCAACCUAUAUAUCAAAAACUACCCAAAACCAACUUAUUGAUUCUUGUGGGAAAGCAAUUGAAAAAUCUCUAAAUGUACUUAAUGCACUUCAAGAGUUUGGACUUGAUAUUAAAAAUUGUAGAGGCCAAGGGUAUGGCGGUGCGGGUUGUAUGGCAGGUAAAUAUGAAGGAGUUGCUUCUCGAAUAAAAGCUCUUAAUCAUAAAGCUAUAUUUGUUCAUUGUGCAAGCCAUAGACUUAGUUUAGUAGUAGCAGCUGCAUGCCAAGUUCAAAAAAGGAGAUGGGGUUAA